CGAACUAAGGACUAGACUCUAAUGGGCGGCGCGGGCUCUCGGCCCGAUGUUAACGCGGAUAGCCGAUUUCCAUGUAAGGGGCGGAUCGCUAUUUUCGGCCGCCGACCGAUAUGGAUAAAGGGACCCCACGGAGCCGGUACUGCGCCACUUGCCACUCUCGCCAGCCUCUUGCACGACGUUACACUCUACCCUAAGCGAUCGCCGCCGAUCUCUCUCCCUCGACUCUAACACCAGCGAAAGUAACAGCCAAUCAAGAUGUGUGACGAUGAUGUUGCGGCAUUAGUCGUGGACAAUGGGUCCGGUAUGUGCAAGGCUGGAUUCGCGGGGGAUGAUGCACCACGCGCUGUGUUUCCCAGCAUCGUCGGUCGUCCUCGUCAUCAGGGUGUGAUGGUCGGUAUGGGUCAAAAAGACAGUUAUGUUGGCGACGAGGCGCAAAGUAAGAGAGGUAUAUUGACACUAAAGUAUCCUAUAGAACAUGGCAUUAUUACUAAUUGGGAUGACAUGGAGAAAAUCUGGCAUCACACUUUCUACAACGAAUUGCGUGUCGCUCCGGAGGAACACCCCGUUCUUCUUACCGAAGCGCCGCUAAAUCCAAAAGCUAAUCGCGAGAAGAUGACGCAAAUCAUGUUCGAAACCUUCAACAGCCCGGCCAUGUACGUUGCCAUCCAGGCCGUCCUGUCUCUUUACGCCUCUGGACGUACCACCGGUAUCGUCUUGGACUCCGGUGAUGGGGUCUCUCACACCGUACCCAUUUACGAGGGUUACGCUCUUCCCCAUGCCAUCCUUCGUCUGGAUUUGGCCGGUCGCGAUCUUACCGAUUACCUCAUGAAAAUCCUCACCGAAAGAGGCUACAGCUUCACCACUACGGCUGAACGAGAAAUUGUCCGCGACAUCAAGGAGAAGCUCUGCUACGUCGCUCUCGACUUCGAACAGGAAAUGGCUACCGCUGCCGCCAGCACCUCCCUUGAGAAGAGCUAUGAGUUACCCGACGGUCAGGUCAUCACUAUCGGUAAUGAGAGGUUCCGUUGUCCCGAAGCUCUUUUCCAGCCUUCCUUCCUGGGUAUGGAGUCUUGUGGUAUCCACGAGACCGUCUACAACUCCAUCAUGAAGUGCGACGUCGAUAUCCGCAAAGAUCUCUAUGCUAAUACUGUCCUUUCCGGUGGUACCACGAUGUAUCCUGGUAUCGCUGAUCGUAUGCAGAAGGAGAUUACCGCUCUUGCGCCUUCCACCAUCAAAAUCAAGAUCAUCGCUCCUCCAGAGAGAAAGUACUCCGUAUGGAUCGGCGGUUCCAUCCUGGCCUCUCUGUCCACCUUCCAACAAAUGUGGAUCUCUAAACAAGAAUAUGAUGAGUCCGGUCCGGGUAUUGUCCAUCGCAAGUGCUUCUAAAGACACCGUGAAGUCAAUCAUAUUCACCAGCACCUUCAACACGAUUCUUUUCUUUCUCUUCUUUCCAUUCUUUUCUACGCACAUAAUCAUACUUCAUUACACAACAUUCAUCAUGACAUUAAAAUGCAAGAAAAGAAGAGGAAGAGAAGAGAGGGGUAGAAAGAGAGCGAGGGAGAGAGAAAAAGAAAGAUAUAGACAGCAAAAUAAGAGCAGUUAUUCAAGUGCCUUUAUGCUACACAUUUACCAAACUUUACUGUACUGUACUGUAGUUUAUACAACAUGACUGUAUGUUUGUGAACGUUAAUUAAUUUGAUAGUCACCUCAACCAAGCAAUGAGUUCUCCUCAAUCCAAUACGAUCAUUCGUACACAUACACGCAUAUACGUAACAUAUAUACAUAUGUAUACAUACACAUAUACGUAUUAUACAUGAAGACACAUACUCGCUCGCUGAUGAUUGCAUAAGUUUGACAUUUGCGACACCUGUAAAGAUAAUUAUCGAUAACAACGAAAGACAUGGACAACCAUUAUCGACGUCGGCUCAUAUUGCUGCCCGGCGGAUUGUUCUUCUUAUUGUACCUUACGAUUAUAAUGAUGGUAAUAAAAUCAUAUGUUAUGUAAUAA